CACGGUAACUAUCAAAGCCGGAAGUGCCGGGCUCUCUAAAGUAAUGUCCAGGCCGGUGAUCUGUCCCCUGACUGUGGGGGCCACGGCUCCUGAGUCUCUCUCCGUGUUACAGAGGCGUCUUCAGAAAGCGGAGGAGCAGACGGAGGAGUUGAGGAGGAGUCUGGGCUCUUUGGGAGCGUCUGCAGAUCAGCUGCUCGUGAACUCUUCCAACUCCUCUAAGCGGCGUCCGGUCAGUCCUGUGAACAUCCACGGGCCCCUGAGUGCCACAGGAGAGGGUUUGCUAUGGAGUCAGAGUGAAACGCUCGUCGCACGUGUGUGCAGAUUAGAAAGUGUUUUGCACACUCUGAAACUCACCAUCUUCCGUCUGGAGAUGAACAGAGAGCUCAAUCCAUCUCACACAGCUCUAUUAUCCGCCCUGCAGGAGCAGCAUGAGGAGGAGCAGCGCUCUUCACACCGGGACCUUCUGCAUGUACAGGACGAGCUGACGCAGGCCUGCGAGGAGAGGCAGGAGGCGCAGCGGGAGGUGCUCCGACUCAGAGAGGCGCUGGAGAAUACCAACUCCACUAAAAAGGAGGAGCAGAUGGCGCAAGAGACCGCAGCACACUUGGAGGCUGAGCAAUCCCACAAUGCACUGCUGCGGAGAGUGGAGGAGAUGGAGAGAGUGGUGGAGAGGGAGAGAGGCCAGGUAGAGGUUCUUCAAGGAGAUUGCCACAUCUUACGUACUGACGGACAGGCAAACAGGGCGGAGCUAAAGAAGAGGGAGGAGCAAAUCCUGUACCUGGAGAGAGAGUGUCAGCAGCUCCGAGACCAUUCCAGAGUGAAAGAGACUCUGAUAUCACAGCUGAGCAAAGAGAUCAAGAGCGUGAAGACGGCUCUGCAGAAGCAGCAGCAGGACAACAGCAGACUCUUCAGAGAUGGACGAGACCUCAGAGCAGCUGCAGAUCAAGUUCAGGUGUUGAAUGAUAAGUUAGAGGUUCAGUGUUCAGAGCUGAGCACUGCACUUCACUCAUUAACACUGGAAAACACUCGUCUACAAACAGAAUAUCAGAACAACAUCAAGGCGGAGCGAGAUCGUGUGUCUAAACACCUUAAGGAGCAGGAUCUGCUUUUAGACACAGCCAGGAGGAACAUCCAGGCUGAACUACAGGGCACGAUAUCAGAGAAACUCGUCCUGCAGAAAGAACUCGAGGCACUGAAGAUGGAUCACUCCGAGCUGCAGCAGAGUUCCACUGUUUCCCAGGUGACAGCUGUCAGUCAUCAGCAGAUGUUGGAACGCACCAUUCAGAGGCUUCAGGGGGAGCUCAGCUGUGCUGGGAGAGAGGGAGACACCCUGAGAGAAGAGAGGGAUCACAUGAAGAGGGAAAUGAACUCUGCAAUCUUCUUGCUGAAAAAAGAGAAGAACAUUCUAGAAACACAGCUGUCGGAGAUCAAGGUGGAGCUGACCACGGGGAACUCAGCACUGCAGAAACAGAAGGAGGAGAACCAGGAGCUGAUGGAGAGCCUGGCAGUCAUGGAGCAUCAGCAGGUAACUCACCGUCAGGUAGAACAGAUGCUGUGGGGCUUGACAGACAGCAAGAACAAACUGGCCUACGAGAAGGGCAAGUUGCAGGCACGAGUGCAGCAGAUGGCCGCUGAACUGAAGGCAUUGAAAGCAGACUGUAAUGAACACUGUCAGGCUAACACUAAGCUGCAGUACAGUUACACACAGAUGCAGAUAGAAAAUCAGACACUGAAAGAGCAACUCGGUGCACUACUGCAACAGCACAGAGACACGAAUGAAAUAGCGCAGACUCUGGAGAACGUCCUGUCGUCUCACGCUCGUCUGCAGCAGAACACACAGACACUGCAUGCAGAGCUGAGAGAAAGAGCACAGGAACUACACACACUCAGGAGAGAGAGACUGCAGGCUAUAAAAGAGAUUCAGAGGCUUGAAGCUGAAGUAGAGAAUCACAACAGAACCAAUAAUGAGAAGGGGGAGUCUUUGCAAAAAGCACUUGAUGAAGCUCAGCUGGACAACAGGACACUUGCUCAGAGUUUAGAGCAGGCCUUACGGGAAACCCAAAACACACAGGAGAAACUAAACACCCUCGGCGAGAGCAGGGAGGCGGAGCUUAACGAGGCAAGGGCAGAGAUUGGUCGAUUGACGGAAUGUGUAGAUUCCCUCAAGAACCGGCUCAACAGAGAAAAAGACUCUAGGAGGAAGUCGGCACAGAGGCUGAAGAAGGCACUAAAUGAUGCAUCAGCAAAGUCAGGUGACCUCUCACAAGCCAAUCAGAAGCUACAAGAGAAGGUGUCUGAGCUGGAGAAGCUGGUGUCUCUGUUGAAUCAGUCUCUGGACAACAGAACAGCUCUGAGCCACUCUCUGAGAAGCAAGGAUUUGGAAGCAGAAAUUGAAAGUCUUGAAGAAGCUAAGGAUGAAUACAAGAGGAGGAGUUAUGAGCAGUCUCAGUGUCUGCUGCAGAUGCGCUCUGAGAUGGUGUCUCUCCAGUCUGAGCUGCAGUGUCUGUCCUCCACACAGCAGGGGGAGCUACAGGCCGAAAGAGCUCUCAAUCACACCCUACAGGAGCAAUGUCAGCACCUGGAAGAGAGUUCGAAACGGUUCCGGGACGAGAGGGAUGAGGCAGAACUGAGACUCCGGGAAGUUUGUCUGGAGUCACAGCAGAUCACAGAGAACAUGGUUGAGGACCACAGAGGGCUCCGCUCGAGAUCGGAGAGCUUUAACUGCGAGGAUGAGCCACAGAAACACCGGGAAAGCUUAUGGAGGACGGGGAAAGACGGCACACUGUCCACUCCCGCUCAGACCCACGUUUGCUUUUAUGACCCUAAACUGGAGCCCUGGGCCUCAGCAUUACAGCGCUGGGAGAUGAAGAAGGAGCUGGGAAGCAUCGCCGGCAGUUACAAACACACAAGACGCGUACGCACACUGACCAGCUGAUAACAGCCUCCAGGGCUC